AUGUCUUCAUCAUCAGAGUCACCUUUUCCGAUAAUCUACACGGAACGACUUCAUCUCCGGAUCUUCGACCCAGCGCGCGACUCGGACUACGACGCCGUCCUGACCAUCUACAACAGCGACUUUACCAGACGCGCCGUGGGCGACACAGGCCUGCACAGCCGCGAAGACGCCGACGUCCGCUGCACCAAAUUCCACCCUCUCCCCAAGGACUUUGAUCCCGCGAGACCCUUCCCCUCGCACCCCUGGCACCUGGUCUACCUCCGCGGCACCGACACGCUGGUCGGCGUCAUCUCCCUGUUCCUUCGCCACCCGCUCCCGUACGCGGACCUGGGCUACGCUGUCGCGGAAGAGCACGCGAAUAGGGGCUACGCGACCGAGGCCGCCAAGGCCGCGCUGCGCUGGUGGACAGACGAGAUGGGCGUGCCCAAUAUUUGGGCCGCCUCGUUCGACUCCAACGUCGCCAGCCACAGGGUCGCCCGCAAGAUUGGGUUUGUCGACGGCGGCUCCAUCAGGCUGCUGCUGUCGGAUACCCUGACCAAGGAAGCGAAGGCGUUUGUCCGGCCGGGAAUGGAGACGUCUCUGGAUGGGUUGACCGUCGAUGUGCGGCAAAAGUGA